AUUCAGUUAACAUUGGUGUAUAAUUUCAACAGAACGCAUACUCGAAGUAGUCUAAUAAACUGUAACAAAUUAUUUUAUAUUCAUCAAAUGGAGAUCUAAGUAAAUUCACAGUUUUUGGCGGAAAUUUUCUGGCAUAUUUUAUCUUAUAAAAUCUUAUAAAAUACAAAAAAGAAUUAUGAGAAACAAAUUUACACUGAGAUUUAUUGUAAUUUGUUUAACAUACUACAUAAGUAUAUGUUGUAUUCUGUUGUGUUCUAAUGCAAAAUAUAUUAAAAGACAUGGAAUUAUUCAUAAAGGUAGUCACAAAAUGUCAUCAUAUAAUGAUGAUGAUGAUCAGAUGCUUAAUGAUGCACCAACAUCGAAUGGAUACAGUUUAUUACGUAAUGAUAUAGUUAGACAACAUUUACAUGUAUGGAGAGGACAUUCAGCACCUCUGUUGCAUGAACAUUUACCAAUUUUACCACGUGCUCAAAAAGGUCAAGUAUGCCGGGUUGAAGUUGAAGAAUUUCAACCGUUAUUAUCAAUGGUUGGACAUUUAGAACCAAAAAAAUUCGAGUGUUCCUUUGCUAAUGGUGAUGUGAUCUAUCGUCAUGAAGGCAAUCCGUUGAUAAAUCAUGAUCAUAUUCAAGUGACAAUAUUUUUCUUUCGUAAUAAUAAUUCUGUUGUACAAACUGUUGAUAUCAUGAUUGAUAUUCACGAUCCACCGAAAUAUAUGCCGCUGAAUACUACCGCUACUACUGCGACUACUUCUUCUGAUGCUAGUGAAAUGAAUGUUACAUUGGAAAUGAAAAAUAAUAAACAAAUGCAGACAAAAUAUAAUGAUUAUUCAAUGAGUACAAUACCUGAGAGUAGAAUUCAAGUGAUAAGAGAAUUAAAAGUUAAAAAUUUAAGAGCUACAAGUGAAAGUAUCAGUUCAGAAAUAUUAAAAAUACGUUAUGAUAUGAAUACAGAAGAAUGUCGUUUAUCCUACGUUAGUCCAGACUACUUAUUAUCAAGAGGACAAUUAACAAACAAAUCUGAUUGGUCUGUUUUAACAAGUUUCGGCGGGACACUUACACCAAAACUUGGCUUACCAUUAACUGCAGGCAGUGCUGUCGGUGGUGUACGUAGAUGGCCAUUGUUUGGACAAAUUGUUCAUUUUAAUCGAACUAUGGUGGAUUAUAUUGAUCGUGAUUGUCAUGAAGCUUUAUUACAAGGCUACAGAUAUUUACAUCGUAAAGGCAAUAGUUAUGAAGUUGACUAUAUCCCUAUACAAAUAACAAUAUGGAGUCGUAUGAAUGAUGGUUCAAAAAGCCAGUUAAUCACUGAGAACACUUUUCUCAAGGUGAAAAUUUCAAAUGCACAAAAACUGAAACCACCAAUACUGCGAACAUUUCGACAGGUGAAUGUCACACACAUCGGUGGAAGUCUAUCAGUUCUACCAAAAGACAGUAUAAGUAUUCCACGUGAUUCAAUUCCUGGACUGGAUUACCUAGAUAUAAAUAUGACAAAAAUGCAAGGUCCUCUGCAAGCUCAAAUAGUCAAUCUACGCGACCCAACUAGACCAGUGACAAGCUUUCGACUGACUGAUCUACGUCAAGGAUUAAUAGCUUUACAGCUGUUAAAUUAUGCGGAAUCUUUAGUUAAAGUAUUUGUCAUUACAAUGACCGCUGUCGAUCCAUACUUUCAAAUAAGUCAACCAGUGAAUUUACGUAUUGCUACUUUUUUACAACCUGUAGUCGAUGUGAAUCCAUUGACGUCGACAAUGAAUGCACCGCCAUCAUUUCAAGUGUUUAGUUUACCAUUAUUUAGUUAUACUGGCGCAAUAUCCGUAAUUCAAAAGCACAAUAUUCAGGUUGUUGGUUACAUAGAUGAAAGUAUGAUUGUCUAUACCAUACGACAAUGGCCAAAUAAUGAUCCAAAGGAUGACAAAGAUGACAAUCCUCAAUCAGUUCGCAAAUCACACGGACAAUUACGAUUGGAUGGACAACCAGUUUACGGGGUUAAUUUUGGUCCACCGCAUAUCUCAACAAUGAGCUUGGCUUACAUGCACAAUGGGGAUUAUGAACCAACUGUGGAAAGAAUUCCCCUGUCAAUUACAGUACCGAAUUUAAUGAAUUCAGCUAAACGAUUUAAACGUGAUCGCCUGUUGAAUAAUAAUAUUACUAAUGAUAAAGAGUAUUUUGAAGGAAGGCGAAAUAAUCCUCGUCGCUUCAGGAAUCGUCAUGAUGGACAACGUCAGCAUUCACUACUGAUGAAUAAGCGCGGAAAACAACGUAAAAACAAAAAACGAGCAGUUGACAAUUCGCCUAUACUACAAUUGGAAUUAUCAAUUCGAAUUGUUCGACUAUAUAAUUAUAUAACCAACGGGGCUUUAAAAUCAGGUGGUACAUUUCGUUUGCCAACAUUAACAUCGAUAUGCUUUACAGCAGAAGAUUUUCUAACUCCUGAAGCAUUGAAAGCUGCACGUAGUGAUUUGAUAAAUUUAGCCUUUGUUGUUAAAGUAGCACCUAGUCAAGGUGUAUUACUUCGAUUGCCUAUAGUGAAAAAUUUUACCACUUUUUAUCAUCUUCAUACAAAACGUGGACGUGAUAAUAAUGAACAGAUGAACAGAAAAUAUUUUGAUGAUAUCAACAGUGAAGAUAAUGACAAUGUGGAUAUUCAACAACAAGAAGAACUGAUCGAUAAAUCUCAAGUUGGUGUUAUCCUAUUGUCUGAUUUAGAAACAGGUGAAAUAUGCUAUUUAAAUCGACGUUAUGAUCGAGCAACAGAUUUAAUGGGUAUUAAACAAAUUGGUCGAGCUGAUUUUCCAACUGUUUAUAUGACAUUUGAACUGCAACCUCCUUUACCAAUUAUAAUCAAUGAACGAAUGGAUCCCAAUGUCAUCUUACGUGUACGUGAAACAGCAUCCUAUGUACCCGUUACACCGUUACACUUAAAUUAUGGUAUAGACUUGGAUAUACAAUCAAUUGAUUAUGAACAAUACAAUCGAUCAAUAUUUGAUAAUUAUGGACCAGAGCAUAUUGUCUAUACAAUACUACAAGCACCAAGAUUACGUAGGCUAGAAGAUUUAACUAGUGGUGAUAAGCAGGGGCAGCAGCAGCAACAACAGAAGGGGAACAAGUAUCCAUACAUAGGAACACAUGAUGCUGGUCGCUUAGUCAGUCUGUCUUCUGUUACCUCGAGUACACAUGUAGGUGAUAUGAAGUUACAAGCUGGACUGGCUGUUAAUCUACGUGAAGCGCAUACACCAUGUGUUACCCACUUUACACAAAGACAAAUUGAUGAGAAUGAUAUUGUUUAUGUUCCACCAACUCAAGAUAUUGGAUAUACAGACCAAGAUUUGAUAGUCCGAUACGCUGUAUCCGGUCCAGGCGGUUAUGAGUUAAAUAAUCGAGAAAUGCGUAUACAGCUUGUCGCUGAAGAUAAUCAAAUACCAGUAGUUAAGGUAAUUUCUCCACUGACAGUUCAUCGUGACGGUGAAUUACGCAUAGACUCGAGUGUAUUAUCAAUUGAAGAUUUAGAUACCCCGGAAGAUAAAUUAUUCCUUGAAUUUAAACGUUUACCAAAAUAUGGUAAAAUUAUUUUAAAGCAACCGCCUAUUGUUCAAUAUGAUCAACGAAAUAAAAAUUCAAAUCAACCGCAACAACAACAACAAAGACAGAAACAGCAGCAGCAACAACAAAAACAAAAGUCACAACAAACUCCAGUGGUUAAAAAUCAAAAUCUAUCAUUCAGUUUAUAUAAUUCUGGCAGAAUAAUAUAUCAACAAUCUGGAGACAAUGUAAAACAAGACGAUUUUAUCCUGACAGUAACUGAUGGUGUUCAAACAUCACCACCACUUCAAGUAUCUAUUGAAAUUAAACCAAGAGUAUUACAAGAAAGUAAAGGUCAUCAAUAUGUUAAUAAUACAAUAUUGGUGAAAGAAAAUACAAGUGUCAUACUCACUCCAUCAGUUUUCCCCUCUGAUAUCACAGAUGCAUCGAUGAUUACAUCUGGAAUGUCUACAGCACCCCAGUAUUUUGUGAUUGUAUUUCCAACGAAAGGAAAUCUGUUUUUAAAUAAUAAGACGAAAGUGUCACAAUUCACUUAUAAAGAUAUUUUAGAAAAUCGUUUAACUUAUCGUCAUGGUCCAGCUGAAAUUGGUGUAAAAGUUAAUUAUGAUUUUGUAAGAAUUUGGGAUUUCAGUGCUGGACAAACAUUCAGUUUAAAUUUCACUCUGAUACCAGUGAAUAGUCAACCUCCAGUAUUGAAAAGUGAAACUUUACUACAGGUGAAAGAAGGCGAUAAAGUUGAAAUAACUCCGUAUGCUUUAUACGCAUCCGAUCCGGAUACAAAUGAAGCUGAUAUCCAAUUACAUGUUAUCCAUCCACCAAAAUGGGGUCAUAUUGAAUUAAUAAAUAAAAAACUUGAUGAAUCUAAUCAUCAAGACAAUUAUAAUACAUUGAAUAAAGAAGAUUCAAUGUCCAAUGAAUUCGAUGAUACUUAUUCAUUAGACCUUGAUCCAGCAAUUGACGAUAAAUUAACUAAAAAUAAUAAUAACAACAAUAUAUUAAGUUUUAAUAUGCAAAAUAUACGUGAUGGUUUAAUCUAUUAUGUGAAUUCUAUUCAUGAUAAUGGUCAAGAAUGCAUUGAAGAUAUAUUCAGUAUCAAAGCUUUCGAUGGUCUACAUUAUUCUCCGAAAACAAUCGAAAUUAAAAUAGCUAUCCAACCGACAAAUGAUGAAAUCCCGACUGUCCGACUACUGAAAUACUUUUCAGUACCAAUAAAUACAAAAAAAGUGUUAACACCAUAUUUAUUUAGUGUUAGUGAUAGAGAUGUACCAAGAGAUAUGCUACAGAUACGUUUUACUGAAUUACCAAUCUACGGAAGUCUAUCAGUGUAUUGGCAACAUGGUGAAAAGUAUACAAUAACCCAGUACAGUAAUCCAAUUACUCAAUCUUACUUAGGCAUGCUUAAUUUACUCUAUUUACAAAAUGCUUCAUUAAUAAAGAAUGCUAAAAGUGAUCAGUAUGCCUCAUCAAUCAUUACAAUGGAUCAAUUCACUGUGACGGUGUCCGAUGGGAAGCAUACAGUUGAACGACAAGCGCAUGUAUUAAUUCGACCAGAGAAUCGGUAUCCACCAGAAAUGUAUAUAGACAGGAAGACAGACAAUGGUAAUGCUGAUGAUGGAAUUAUACUAGAUGGUCAAAAAUGGAGUCGACUUGAUUUAGUUCCAGGUGGUUUAAUCAUCAGAGAUAUGGACACAUCAGAGGAUGAUUUAAUACUAACGCUGUUGGAAACACCAAAAUACGGAGUUAUCCAGCGUUUACCACGUAUGCUGAACAGUGAUGGAAUAGUAGAUCCAUUGGAUUUAAUUGAAGAAGCCUGGGAUAUUGAAGAGAUGAAAGUUGGUGGUGAUUUACAAGCGUUGGCUCAAUUGUCGGUUGCAGGUAGUAUUGGUGGACCGAAAACUAUUAAAUUAUUACAUCGUGGUGAUCAGUUUACAAAGCGUCAGAUAUCAACUGGACGUAUUCACUAUCUAUACACAGGUUCAUAUCAAGAACAAUACAUUACAGACUCAUGUGUACUACGUCUAUCUGAUGGACAAUUUACAACUAAUCCCAUUACUCUACGUUUUCGUAUUCGUCGAGUGAAUGGACUCAAUACAGGUUUAGGCCAAUCUUCGCUGCCUUACCUUCCUGUUGGUCAUAUACAACAUUUACGUCCAUUAGAAUAUCCAGAAUUAAAAACUGAAAAUAUGGAAAGAAAUGAAAGAGAAGGGAACCAAAUGCAUCAAAAUGACGCCUCAGACAUGGAAGUAGAAUUGCUCAAUUCAAUCAUUUUAACAGCUCCAUUGAACAGUUUCACAUUUCUACAAUACAAAGAUCUUCAGCUGGAUAAAGUCAGAGCGAAUCAAAUCAAAAUCAUACUUCAAUCAAAUCUGUCUACUCUUUCCACGUGUGGACUGCUAGCUCAUACAUCCAAUCCAUUGAUCAGCAUUCAAGAGUUUACUGAUGACGAUGUGAGAAAUCAUCGCAUUGUAUUUUAUGCCUCUAAUGAUUGCGAAAAGUUUCUUGAUAAACACUUCCCAAUGGAUUUUAAACUGAUAUCACCUUCAGAAGACUAUUUAGGUCAAAUAUCAAUAACUAUGUCAAUAACAAAAAUGAAACACGCUCUUCCAGAAUUAGAAAACUACUCGGAGAUAACAGUUCUACCGUAUACAGACACAAUAAUUAAAAGUGACCACUUAUCUUUUAAAGAUAAAGAUACGAAUUUAAACAAUAUAAUUUAUGUGAUAUCAGAUGAGUCCACUAGGCAGUUUAAACUUGACGGGCAGUUGAUCAAUGUGUUCAAUGAAAGUUUAAUAUGCUUUACUCAAUCACAAAUUAAUUUACAACAAAUCUUAUUCAGUUCAUAUUCAGCAGGCAAUUCAAAUUAUGCUAUUGACCUAUACAUAUUUGAUGCUGGUGAUAUUGGUCAGAUAGACAAUCUUAACCAAUUGUGCAAUGACAUACUUCAUACUGUUAACAGAUUAGAUAAACAAAAUAUGGCGAAUCCAUUUUUAGAAAGAAUGAAGUAUACUACUAGUAGUAGUAGUAGUAGUAGUACGGUUAAAGAAAGCCAAUCAAUUGUAACAAAAAGUGAACCAAUCCGGCUGAAAAUUAAAAAUAGAAUAUUCCAGAAUGUACAACAGAAUACCGAAUUAAUGAUCAAUCAACCACCUAAACCAGAUAGUAUAGAAACUGUACUUCCAGGACAUGUUGGAUUUUAUUUAACCGCUGAAAAUAUCUACUAUACAUUGAAUCCUUGGACAAAGUUUCAUCUAUUAAACAAUGAACAAAUGAAUUGUAAAUUAUUUAAUAAAAUGCAAAAUCAUUCUAUUGAUGAAUAUUUUUAUCAGGAUGAUUUAAAUCGACGUAGAUUAGUUGUGAUUUUAUUGAAAAAUCAAAAGAAAUUGAAACAAUCGCAUAAAAGACAGUCGAAGUUAUCAUCAAUUGAUACGGUGUGUCAGAUUCAUUAUGAAAUUGAAGAUAAUCAAAAUUUAAAUAAUCAUAAAAAGAGAUUUAGUAUGGAAUUAAGUUGGACUAAAGUUGGCUUCGAUCGUAAAGUGUAUACAAUCUGCCCGGAACGUGGUCUUUUAACACUGAGUGUUAUAAGAAAGGGUAUAAAUGAGACAAUCCAAUCAACAGUGACUGAUGUCUACGUUGGCUUAUCAUCUAGUACAGCUAUUGAAGGAGAAGAUUUCAGUCUACAUUCACAGAAAUUGCUAGUCUUUGAAAAAGGUGAAUCGAAAAAAGAUGUAUUGAUACGUUUUCAUCCAAGAGAGAACAGUUUCAGUCGACAACCAUUACGUUUUUACAUCGAUCUUAAACUACCAACUGGAGGUAUUCUGGAUAGAAAACGUAGAGCUGAAGUAGUUGUACAAGGUAUUCAUGGAAAAUGUCAGUCAAAAUCCUACUUUACACCAGUAAAAAUUGGGGAAUAUACAAUGAAAACGUCAAAUAAUCCAGUGAAACGAGAUCUUAGUGAUUUCCUCUACACAAAUGCAAAUGAACAACAUCAGUCACAAAUGGAUAAGCAUGUCUAUUUAUCUGAUGCACAAAUAACAAACAAUAAUAAUAAUGACAAAGAUUAUAAUGAACAGUCGCAUGAUGGACAAGAUUAUAAGAUGGAGAAGAAUGCUAAUGAGGCUGACAACUAUCCAGUUAAAAAGCCUAUAAGUUUAACUGAAUGGCUUGCUACAAAUGACCUACCAGAUUCUAAGGCAUUAAGUGCAUCGUAUGAAAAGUAUAUGCAUUCAAAUAAACAUUCAAUUCAUUGUUUAGAAGGAUGGAAAUACUAUCAGCAUCGUUGUUACCGCUUGUAUGAACAUCAAGAGAUGACUUGGGAAGAGGCGCGCAAUUACUGUGAACUACAGGAUGGUUUCUUAACAAGUAUUUCUGAUGAAGCUAAUAUGAAAUGGUUAACUGAAACAUUCAAGCUACACAAUGCUUUUUGGAUAGGUCUCCAUCAAACACGACCACAUGGUACAUGGAUAUGGCAUAAUCUUGAACAUGUUAGUUAUACAAAAUGGGAUACAGGUUAUCCUGUUAAACCAAAAUGGAGAUUGUCAACGGACAAUCGGAUAAAACGUAAAUACCGCCAUAAACGACAACUACACCAACAUCAAAGAUAUCAAAGAGGACCAAAAGCUUGUGUACUUGUAACUGCAAAUUUAAACUGGCAAAAUCGACAAUGUAAUCGAUUAAUAAUGGGUGUAAAUUUCAUAUGUAUGAAAAAUCCUGAAGUUUUUUGAAAAAAAUACAUAGGCAGACAACACAUUACAGAGAAAGUGAUUCACAUGCCAGUAAUGAUAAUAGAUACAUACAAUGUGUUGCCUUUUGAAGUCACCUGUUGAAUAACCAUCUUGGUUGACCCGUCUGCCAUCCCAUUGCCUGUUUCCCUGUUUUCUUCUUCUUCUUUCUAAUCUGUUGAUGAAUGGAGUUUCUUUUUAUCACAGUCAAAAAGAAAAGAGUCUAUAUUAAAUGAACAUCACAGUAUAAACUUCACUUCAUAUAUGUAAAUAAAACAAAACGUAAUUUAACAUUGUUACUUGUAUUCAUUUAAGUAGUAUCAGUAGUUAUAGUUGCUUUUUUUGCACUUACAUGCAUAGACACAUAAUGAAAAUAAAAUGAACACAUGUGAAGGAAGAUACGCACAAAACUGAACCAAAAAAGUCUUCACUAUAAACAUACUUAUUUGAUUAGAACACAGACCCUCCUACACAUACAGUCACAUUCAUGCCUGUGUUCAUUAUGGUGUUCUGUUCCCCUUUUUGUUCAUUUUCAUAUAUCAAGAUAUCAAGACAUCCACCCACACACACACACACGCACAGACAUUCAUAUUUCACUUACUCUCAACUUAAUAGACUGUAAAAACUGUUAACAUGUUGAAUAAUCAUCACUGUCAUACUGCUGUUUACUUUGUUUAUAAAUUUAAAAAAUAUUAUGAAUUAUUAUUAUUACUAUUAUUGUUUACUUGGGUUCUGAGUGGAAUACAGGGCUUCAGUAACACACCUACACUUUGUCCUGUUUUCUAAGGUUCUCUUAAGCUGGCGCCAUGAUCGCACAUAAUCUCUGAUCUCCUCCAUGUCAUGCUUGAAGCGAUACUCCACUCAUCAUUUCUUAUUCGGA